AUGGAUAGAAGGUCUGCUAGAAUAAAAGCAGAGUUAGAAAGAUAUGGUUGGAGAGUUUCAAAGAAGUUUAAAUAUAGGAAGGGAAGACCCAUAAAAGUCUAUGACAAAUUGUCUGGUCUUCGCUACGAAAUGGACUUGGAAACAGCACGCGCAAAUUAUCCAAACAGACUAGAGAGGUUAGAAGAAGAACGUCUUAUGGACAUGCCUUUCGAUGUUAGUGAACCUCAAGUUGAAGGACACGACGGCUUUGCCAGAUUCUACUGGAAACAUGACGAACAAUUGCAUCCUUUGAGGAGGAAAAAAGGAAAAGGUGAAGACGCACAUGCUCCCAUGGAAAGAACAAGAUAUGCAUAUGAAAAGUAUCGUGAAGUUAGAAGUAAAAUUGCAUCUGGUCGAACCUUUACAGUAAACUUUGACGAAGGAAAGAACAAAGAAGGCUUCAUGGGUGUACUUGCUGCAAUUCAAGACGGAAAUAAGAAAGGAUACAAUCUCAGAUUAACCGUAACAGAUUUAGAUGGUCAUAUAUACUAUGCACAUGGCAAUGUCACAACAGCCGCACAACUUCUUGACGCUUUCAAGACUACAAAGAGAGAACAAAUGUUUGACUCCGACUCAGACAUUUUGAAUGCAAUUGAAGGAAUUGCAAGCGUCAAGUUCGAAUGGUACCAACCUAACCCUCAAGCAGUCAGACAACAUGCUGGAUACUUCCCCUUCAGAAAUAAGUCUGACAUUGACUUGACAAGGUAUGGAAUUUACAAUUCAAUUGAAACAAUUGUCAAUGAACCUUGUAUUCUUACAUGUCUCAGGAACUCUGGUCUUGUUACAGAUGAGAAAAUGAAGUAUCUUGAGUCAUGUGUGAAGACAAGGUACAUUCUCAGAGGUCAAUUGUCAAAAAUUGCACCGUUGGCAAAUGUCAAUAUCCGAGUCAACAUUCCGACUGAGAAAGGUUCUUCACAUGACGACUAUGUUGUUGACAAAGACUUACCAUGGUUGAAGAUUGUAAUUGUCCACAACCACUUCAUGUUGAACGAAAGUCUUACAAACCCAUUGUUCGGAAAAGGCAAGUGCAACAUUGUCAGAGCUGUUAACAUUCUUUUCGAGAAAGGUUUGUUGGAACCAAUUCCAGAUGACAAGCUGACAGAAACUUUUGUACCAAAAGACGAAACAAACUUUUCAUUGU